AUGUCUUCACCGAAAAAGAACAUGCAAUAUGUGCGUCUCGGAAACUCUGGCCUCAAAGUAUCUAGGGUUAUCCUAGGAACAAUGAGCUACGGAUCUCCAGAGUGGCAGAAAUGGGUACUUGACGAGGAAGAGGGCAUCAAGCAUAUUAAACUUGCAUACGAGAUGGGAAUCCAAACGUUCGACACGGCCAAUGCCUAUUCUAACGGACUUUCCGAAGUCGUUCUAGGUAAAGCGAUUAAACAGCUAAACCUACCGAGGGAUGAAAUUGUGGUCAUGACCAAAGUAUACUUUCAAGUUGGGCACAGGAUCAACGAAUUUACGAUGGGUGGAGGUGGACCCCCAAAUGAACACGGGUUGAGUAGAAAGCACAUUUUCGACUCGAUCAAACGUUCACUAGAGCGUCUCCAGCUCGACUAUGUGGAUGUCCUUCAAUGCCACAGAUUUGACUACAACACGCCAAUUGCUGAAACUAUGCAAGCGCUCCAUGAUGUAGUCAAAGCUGGUUACGCACGAUACAUUGGCAUGUCGAGUUGUUACGCAUAUCAAUUCCAGGCAAUGCAAAACUAUGCUAUCACAAACAACUUGACGCCUUUUAUUUCAAUGCAAAACCAUUAUAAUCUGGUGUAUAGGGAGGAGGAACGGGAGAUGAUGCCCACAUUGAAAAUGUUCGGAGUUGGAUCGAUCCCUUGGUCUCCCCUAGCCAGAGGAUUCUUGACUCGUCCAUUGGACCAGCAACAAACCACGAGAGGACAGACAGACAGGCAAGCUCACGAAGGCAACAGCGAAAUUGUGCGACGCGUCGAAUCGUUGGCUAAGAAGAAGAACUUGACAAUGGCUCAAGUUGCCCUCGCGUGGGUCAUGUCCAAGGACCAGGUCGUGCACCACAAGCUAUCUUUGGACACUCAUGAUCCAUGGUUAAUGUACUUGAUAUCAAUUGCAUUGAAGUAA